UCCCAAAUAGGAACCCAAAUCCAGCGCAGGCACGUGCACGGCAUCGCCGCCACCACUUGGCGUCCAUAUCUGAUGCCACUGCUCAUCGCCAAAUCCCUCUUCCUCUUCAAAUUCAAUCCCGCGAAGAGGCCAUUUUCGUCGAUGGCCAGCCGAGCUCCCGGCCCUGACACGCCCGCUGUCACCCCCAAGGCCCGCCUCAGGGGGGUCGUUUUCGACAUGGACGGAACCCUAACGGUCCCCGUCAUCGAUUUCCCGGCAAUGUACAGGGCCGUCCUCGGCGAAAACGAGUACUUGGCUGCCAAAUCCAGGAGCCCCUCGGGGAUCGACAUUUUGCAUCACAUUGAGAAUUGGAGUCCCCCGAAACGGCAGAAGGCCUACGAAAUUAUCGCCGAUUUCGAGCGCCAGGGCCUCGAUCGCCUCCAGAUCAUGCCCGGUGCAUCGGAGCUUUGUGGUUUUCUUGAUUCAAGGAACAUUAGAAGGGGAUUAAUCACUCGGAAUGUCAAGGAAGCAGUUGAUUUGUUUCACUUACAGUUUGGGAUGACAUUUGCUCCAGCAUUAAGCAGAGAAUUUCGCCCUUGUAAACCGGAUCCAGCUCCACUGCUGCACAUUUGUUCCAUAUGGGAAGUUCAACCCACUGAAGUAAUGAUGAUUGGCGACAGCCUUAAAGAUGAUGUUGCUUGCGGGAAAAGAGCUGGAGCAUUUACUUGCUUGCUCGAUGAAACUGGGAGGUAUGGUUCUCCUGAGUAUGCGACCGUGGAACUUAAGCCAGAUUACAAGGUGUCUUCUCUUGCUGAAGUCCAUUCACUUCUAGAAGCAAAUUUUGACCUGAAAUCAUGACCCAUUGUUACCUCAACAACGCAACCUCAGAAACUUCUAAAACUAAGAAGCAUUGAGAUUGUGUGUGAUUCAUGUGAGGUGUAAGCAUUUCCCUAGUUGGUGGAUAAGUUUAUUUCUUGAUUCUGUAAAAGGCUCAUAGGAGAAGCCUUUGUAAAGUGCAUAGACUAGGGAUCUCUCUGGUUAUGUGAAAUACCUGUCUUUAGUCCAGCUGAUAAGGGAUGGUUUUCUGCUUAAUUAUUAUUGUUGUCAGAGUUUGAUUUCA